AUGCAAACAUGGACCCUUGUGAGUAGUCUUGGCAAGGGGGUGAAGCUCCACUGCACAGGCAGCCCAUGGUGCCGACAAGUCGUCUCCGCGGCCGGCUUCACGAUCGCGGCCACGAGCUCUGCAUGGCGCCGGCGGAUCAUCCUGCGACAAGGCGUCCAGGACAAAGUGCUUGACCUGUCGGAGCUGGAGCAGCGAAUUCAGGAGAUGCAGAGCCUGCGUGUGCGGGAGCUCCGGGCGCGGCUCGAGAGCCUGGGCCUCUCCACGCAAGGCCGCGUGGACCGGGAGUCUCUGGUCGAGCUUCUGGAAACCGAAGGUCGCAGGGUGCUCUCAACGGGCCACUCCGAGGAAGGCACUGAGGCCGAGGAAAGCCCACCGCCGGAGAGCGCGAAGCCAGAAGAGCUGCCACGCGAGGUGCAGCAGAAGUUGGAGGAGCUUCGAGCGCUCAAGGCUCGUGACCUCCGCAAGCAGAUGAUCGCGUUGGGCCUCAACUGUGAGGGGCGCGUCGACAAGGAAUCAUUACUGGAGCUCCUGGAAGAACAGGGUGCCGAUGCCAUCCUGCACCCUCCAAAGAAAGAGGAGACCAAGCAGAAGAAGAAUCCGUUCAAAGACAAGAAGAUGAAGAAGCCGCCGGUGGCAGCCCAGCCGAAGGCGACUGCAGACUGGCUUCGCUUGGAACUCUGGGCACUCAUUGAAGUAAAUGAAGCCUACGCCAUGAUGACUUCCAUGCUGCAGAGCAAGCACGCGAUUCACGUCAGGCCUGUGCGUGGAGACCUCGCGAAGUUGUGUCUCCUCAUGGUGCUGCCGUGGAAAGAUCUGGAUGCCCGCCUCGAUGACAUUUACGAGACCUCAAGAGCAGACCUUGACGAAGCGAGCAGUGACGAGGGUGAGACGGAGGAAGACGAGGGAGGCAAAGCAACCCGGCAAGAGAAGACCGGCUGCAUCAUCGAGGCCGGUUUUCAGCUCGAUGUCGCAGAACGUGCCAUCACCGUAAAGCAGCUGCGCAGCCUCCGGACUUUUCUCCAGUAUCUGACCAAGACCGAGCUGCUGAAGCACACCACGGAGCACUCCAAGGGGAAAGCAAGCCAUGGGAAACUGAUCCCAUGGACGAGCCUCAACAUGUAUCACAUCAACAAUGAGGUGAUCAAGAAGGUGAUCCCACAUGUGGACCCCAAGGGAGAGCAUUUGGAUGAAGAUCGGCGCUGGUACAGCUGGGUGGAGUUCGUGGCAGAGGAGCCUCAGCCUGCUAAGAUCAUGUUCAGCCACUGGUGGGGAGGACGCUUCAUGGACUUCAUGCAGGCAGUGGAUAAGAUGACCAUGGACCGGGCCCUGAGCAUCUACACCCCCAUUUGGAUCUGCACUUUCGCGAACUGCCAGUUCGGAGAGAACUUUGGCUCGAAGCUCAUGGACUGUCCCUUCAUCCGUACUUUGAAGACCGUGGACCUCACGGUUCUGGUUGUCGAUUAUCAGGCUGGCUCUCUGACUCGAACGUGGUGCGGACUUGAGGUGCACUACACCACUAACAACGACAUCGACUUCGUCCUCUACACCUCUGCAGGACGUGUCGGUUCCACCUAUGUCUCUGGUGGACCGUUGGUCGAGGCCGUGAAGAAUUGGGACAUUCGCUCCAGCGAAGCUUCGGAUCCGCAAUAUCGCAGGCAGAUCCUAAACUAUGUAGCGAAGGUCAACGAGCUAGAAGGCCUCAAAAAGGACGCCCAUGGUCAGAUGGUCCUGGACAAAAUGGGACGCCCUUCUCUCGACGGAAAUGCCAAGGACCCCAGUUGGCCAACCCGGUCCAACGGUGAGAAGGAAUACGCCCACGAAGCCAACCUCUUCAGAAAGCACGCGAAACGAUUCGAGAAUCUGAACAUGAUGGUACGCCUUCGCGUUAUGGCGAAUCUCGGAUUGCCCAAAAAGGCCAAGGGCUGCGAGGUAGCAGAAAUGGCCCUGCGCGGUGUGACUUUGAACCAGCUGCGCGUCUUCACGGCGAAGUUGGAGGCGAGCUGCCCAUGGUGCGCAGAUGACGAGGAUUGUCCAUGGUUUGACCGCUUGGACGUUGAGUUCGAGGGGCCCGUGGAGUUCGAGCACCUGCGGAUUGAGCAUGUGUCUGAGUGGGUGAAGGAGUUAACGGAGGAGCGCAACUGUUCCUACAUGGAACUGGUGGCUGACGGGCCCCAAAAGCCGCAAUAUGCAGUCACCUUCUCCUCGAGCAACUUCUGGCACGAGCGAAUGUCUGCUAUAGAGCUGUUUGCAGAGGCGCAGCACCUGCCAGACUCGACUAUUUUCUUUGUGGAAAUUCUCGGAGUGAACCCCCACGAUGACGAUGAAGAUGCCGACGUGUGCUGGAAGUCGGUGAAGACCGAAGUUGAGGGCAUCAUCUGUCAGCUCUCGAAAACCUCCGAACUGCAAGAAGACGAGACAAUGAACCUAAGCAUCGGUCCGCUGAUCUUGGAGGUGGGCACGGACAAAGGCAUCUACUUCGCCAGCAGCGAUGGUGUGCUGGCUUGCAGCCAGGCCUUUCGAAGCGGGAACUGGGUUCAUGGCGACUUCGACGUCCAGGUGAUCUACCGGCUGCUAAAGAGCCUUCUGAGUGGCGCUAACGAGGACGACGAUGAAGAUGGCGAGGUCGUGGAGAGUAACAACAGCUACUAUCGCGGUUUACUUCGGCUUCACCAGUGGCUUGCCGGCCCCGUCCUGCGAAGAGCCGCCAGGAAUGAUGACGUGCAGGCCAUCAAGGACAUUUGCAGCCUGCCCGGCCUGCGGCUGUCCAGCGACACCAUGAAAGACAACGUUGGGAGGAUGCCCUUGCACAUCGCCAUCGCGUGCCGAUCCUGGUCAGCCAUGACAGCUCUUUUGGAGGCGAAGAUGGAUCCCAACGUUGAGGAUGACAUGAAGGAUCGACCGCUGCACUAUGCAGCAUUGGCCGGCCACGCUGCAGCUGCCAAGGAGUUGGUCGCGGCCGGUGCAGACCCUUGGGCAGAGAAUUGCUUCACCGAGAACGCGCUGGAGGUGGCAAAACAGAGCCCAGCUGCCUUCUUGGGUGUGGACACGUCGGAGGUCGGAAAGAUUCUCAAGGAUGCCACGGCGGGCAUUCCUUCUAAGAAGGCCUUGGGGCUCUUUCGAGCCUUCGUCCGCGACCAGCGUCGGCCCUCCGCAGCGGGCAGUGGCGCACGCGCUGCACGGCAGUUGUCGCACGCCGAUUCGUAG